AUGUUCACCAAAAGCCUCCUCAUCUCCGCCCUCGCCGGCGUCGCCCUCAGCACCCCCGCCCCGGCCAUCACUCCUGCGCCCAUCUACCAGCGCCAACAACAAUCCGACUCCUCCCUCACCCUCGAAUGCCAAGCCCAGUACGAAUCCAUGAUAGCCCGCGCCCCCAACCCCUCCAAAGACUCCCCCGUCAUCCAAUGGCUCAACUCCGAGGACAUCCUCCGCAUCUUCGACUCCGAGGACGUCAACGGCAUGUGCUCCGCCAUGUACGGCGACGGUGGCCUCAAGCCCCCCGCCUCCGUCGCGUCCGCCUGGUCCAGCUACAUGUCCGAGGCAAACGACUACGCGAGCUCCAUGGCCGAGCCGGCUUCUAGCUUGAAAUCCAAGUGUCCCGCCACGAUUGGCGCGGCCAUCGCGCUGCUGGCUAUUACCGACGAAAAUUCGUGCAAGACGGCGUACGCGGCGUACUCGAAUGUCCUUGGUGGGACUACGGAGGGUGGCUCCAGCCCGACGACGAUGACGGGUCCGGCGAGGACGACGACGUUGAGCCCUGUGCCGACGGUGACGACUGGCCCGAACCCCGAGGAUGAGGAUGAGGGGGGAAAUGAGAAUGAGAAUGUGGAGGAGGGAGGAAAUGCCCAGACGACUAGCACCUCUACGGCUGGCGGUGCUAGGGAGACGGGAUUCGUUGUGGCUGCCGCUGCGGCGAUGGCGGUGGCUGGUGGGAUGGCUGCUCUCUAG